AAAUGUGCAUUGGUAUGCGGGAAACAUAUGUGUGCACAUUAACGCAAAAAAGAGCUAAGCGACGCAAUUAUGAGCUCUUUUGAUUUGAUAGCAUCGAAGUGUGAUUGACGUUUAAAUACCCUACAUCGAAACAAACAUGAUUUUGAGGUGGAGUUAAUUAUUUUCUUCUCCAACAAAAAUUUCUAAUCUCAUUUUUUGUUCAUUUUAUUUUCAACGCCCGUCUAAAUGGAUGGAUAAAAUUGCAGAAAUCGAUACUUUAACUUCAAGAAAUAGAAAGAAAGUAUCGAUACAUUGUUGCUGCUUAACAUUUUAUUGUUAUAGUUAACAGUUUGAUUAACAUGGUCUUUGAAAACACUCUGUUAGCGAUGAUGGUACAUGCAAAGUCCAUUUUCCUUUUCUUUGGCCAAAACAACCUGUGAAAUGCCGCUGAAGGGGAUUAAAGUGCUGGAGUUUGUGGGCCUGGCUCCUGGUCCGCUUUGUGGCAAAAUACUUGCUGAUUUUGGUGCCACUGUGACGCGCAUAGAUAAGAUGCUGGAGAAUCCCCUCGAUGUGCUGCACCACGGCAAAUCAACGCUAGCCAUAAAUUUAAAGAAGUCUGAAGGUCAAGAUCUUGUGCGCCAGUUGGCAAGCAAGUAUGAUGUGAUAGUCGAGCCAUUUCGACCCGGCAUAAUGGAGAAAUUGAAUUUGGGACCCUCAGAGCUGUGUGCAACGAAUCCACGACUGAUAUAUGCACGUCUCACAGGCUUCGGCCAGCAGGGACGCCUUGCAGCACGCGCUGGACACGAUCUCAACUACGCUGCCAUCUCGGGUGUGCUCUCAAUGCUGGGACGGAAGCAUGAGAAACCAACGUCGCCAAUUAAUCUGUUAGCGGACUUUGCUGGUGGCAGUGUGAUGUGUGCUCUGGGCAUUUGCUUGGCACUAUUGGAACGCCAUCGAUCUGGUCGUGGUCAGGUAGUGGAUGCCGCCAUGGUAGACGGUGCUGCCUAUGUGGCCAGCUGGCUGUUCAUGUCUAGGUCACUGAGCAUUUGGAGCGAGCAUCAGGAACGUGGUGCAAAUUUGCUCGAUGGUGGCGCUUAUUUCUAUGAUACAUAUGAAACCAAGGAUGGUCGCUACAUGUCGGUGGGCGCUUUGGAACCGCAGUUCUUUGAACUGCUGAAGCAACGUUUGGAAUUGCCGCCAGAAUUGUCACAAUAUGGCGAAGAGCAUGAAGAGCUGGGCAGACGUCUGUUAACUGAAGCGUUUCUUACCAAAACCCAAGCGGAAUGGUCGGCGAUAUUUGAGGAUGUGGAUGCAUGCGUAUAUCCCGUAGUGGAAUGGCAAGAAGCAGCAGAGCAUCAUCACAAUGCGGAGCGGGCAUCAUUUGAGCGCUCCGAAGACUCUUUGGUACCGCGUCCAGCCCCACGUUUGAGUCGAACGCCUGGAAAAUUGCGACAUCAUGCAAAUGACAAUGGUGUGCUUGAGGAUCUGCAAUUGACGCCCGAGGAGCUGCGCCAUCUGCAGGAGGAUGGUGUGCUCACCUUGCCAAGCACACAGCAUAAGCUGUAGACUCUGUAGGUCCAUGUAUUUUCUUGUUAAUAUUUGCUAAAAUCUGUUUAUAAAAAGAAAACAACCGAUUCCUGUAAAUACUUUGUUACACCGAUUUAAAAAUAUGAAUAAGUCAAAAUGUAUAUUUCAUCCUUAGAUAAUUCCACAUAUUUUUUAUGCUGAUCAAUUAGUCCUGGUAAUCCUAAGUCUCUUAAUAUGCCAAUACAUACACUAGUUCUUUUCGAAAAAGGACUCGCAGAUGUGCACAUACAUUUGUUGUUCUUUUGUAAUUGUUGUUCGUAUAUUGAAAAUGACCUUAAACAUUUAACAUAUCAGAAAAAAAGUUACUCACAUGUGCUUAAACAGAGAAUAUUGUAUCCCACUCUUAGGAUACUCAAUAUACUCUGCGCGUAGCGCUCUUAGAAUCCACAAUACGCUUUGAGAAAAUAACAAAUUUUUUUUGAGCUUUUUUCCUUGUGUGUCUAGAGCAAAUUCACUUGCUAUUUUAUUAUGUUCGCCUGGUAUUUCAGUUGCUCGAAGUGACAGUUUUUAA